AUGAGAUUUCAAUUCAUUUUUCUUAUCCUUGUUGUUUUGUUUGUCUCAUUGGCCUCAAAUCAAGCCAAACGACCAAUCCAAUCGAGCCCUGUCAACAUCAAUGAUCCAUACGUGAUUAAUAUCACAACUUUUGCUGUUAUCGAGUACAACAAGCAAAAUACUAAGGCAAAACUGGUGUUCGAGAAACUCCUCAAUGGUGUAAUUGAUACUUUGAAUGAUGGGAUCAAUUUCCGCCUCACACUUUCUGCUAACAAUGGUUCAACUUCUAACAAGUAUGGAGCCAUUGUGUUGGAGAAGGCAUAUAAGCAUUUCAGGAAACUCACUGCCUUUGCACCUGUUCAACAUGCUUAA